CAGCCUCGGAGCAGUCGGCGAAGAGACACUGGGCAGGGGGGGGGAGCCGGUUGGCAAAGCGGGAGAGCCAGAGCCGGGCCGGCGCGGGGUGGUGUGUUGGGGGGGGCGUGCGGGGAAAGGCAGCGACACCGAGAGAAAAGCGAAGGCGGCCAGCAGAAGAGGGCGAGGAGCGCGCUCGGGAAGCCGGACGCGGCUGGAGGCGCGCAGCUGCCCGCGGGGGUCGCCUCCCCGCCCGCCACCGGCCCGUUGCCAGCUCCCCGCCAGGAACGCGCGACCGGACAGACAACCGCGCGCCACCCGGCCACCGCGUCGCUCGGCCGCAGCGAGGCCCGGGGCGGUCCCGCCGGGACGCCCCCUCCCCCGCCGCCGCCCUUCCCCUCCGCGGAGACCGCCUGGGCCGCCCGGAUGUGCACUAAAAUGGAACAGCCCUUCUACCACGACGACUCGUACGCAGCGGCGGGAUACGGCCGGGCCCCCGGCGGCCUCUCUCUACACGACUACAAACUCCUGAAACCCAGCCUGGCGCUCAACCUGACAGACCCCUACCGCAGUCUCAAAGCGCCCGGGGCGCGGGGCCCCGGCCCCGAGGGCAGCGGAGCCGGCAGCUACUUCCCCGGCCAGGGCUCAGACACAGGCGCGUCACUCAAGAUCGCCUCCUCGGAGCUGGAGCGCCUGAUCGUCCCCAACAGCAACGGCGUGAUUACGACGACGCCCACGCCCCCGGGACAGUACUUCUACCCCCGCGGGGGUGGCAGCGCCGGAGGUGCCGCCGGGGGCGCAGGGGGCGGCGUCACGGAGGAGCAGGAGGGCUUCGCCGACGGCUUCGUCAAAGCGCUGGACGACCUGCACAAGAUGAACCACGUGACGCCCCCCAACGUGUCCCUGGGCGCCAGCGGGGGACCCCCGGCCGGGCCCGGGGGCGUCUACGCGGGCCCCGAGCCGCCCCCCGUCUACACCAACCUCAGCAGCUACUCCCCGGCCUCUGCGACCUCCGGAGGCGCCGGAGCCGCCGCCGCCGCCGCCGCCGUGGGCACCGGGAGCUCGUACCCGACGGCCACCAUCAGCUACCUCCCGCACGCGCCGCCCUUCGCGGGCGGCCACCCCGCGCAGCUGGGCUUGGGCCGCGGCGCCUCGGCCUUCAAGGAGGAACCGCAGACCGUGCCCGAGGCGCGCAGCCGAGACGCCACGCCGCCCGUGUCCCCCAUUAACAUGGAAGACCAGGAGCGCAUCAAAGUGGAGCGCAAGCGGCUGCGGAACCGGCUGGCGGCCACCAAGUGCCGGAAGCGGAAACUGGAGCGCAUCGCGCGUCUGGAGGACAAGGUGAAGACCCUCAAGGCGGAGAACGCGGGCUUGUCCAGCACCGCCGGGCUCCUCCGCGAGCAGGUAGCCCAGCUCAAGCAGAAGGUCAUGACCCACGUCAGCAACGGCUGCCAGCUCCUGCUCGGGGUCAAGGGACACGCCUUCUGAGCACCGACCUGGACUGCUGGGGGCGUGGGCGGUGGGCGCGCGCCCGGGACGCCGCCAGCCACACUGGACUCCGCUCUGCGCCCGGUCCCUCCACGUUGAACGUUUACAAGCUUUUCUUUCCACGUUUUUUUUUUUUUUUUUGUAUGUCUAUUUUUUUUCUGCAGGAAACAGACUCGAUUCAUAUUGAAUAUAAUAUAUUUGUGUAUAUUUAACAGGGAGGGGAGGGGAGGAGGAGGGGGCGAUGGCGGCGGAGCUGGCCCCGCCGCCCCGGUACUCAAAACCCGCGCGGGGACACUGGGAGAGGGGACCCCCGCCCCCUACCCUCCCCCGCUCUGCACCGUACUGUGGAGAAGAAACACGCACUUGGUCUCUUAAGAAAAAAAAAGUUUAUUUUAAGAUGUUUUUGUGUGUGUGUAUGUGUGUGUGCGUGCGCGCGUUUGUUCUGACUUUUUAUUGAAUCUAUUUAAGUAAAAAAAAUGGUUCUUUAUUAA